CAAUGUGACUGGGAUUUCUUUUUUAGACAGAGAAUGUAAUGGACAGGUGUUAGAUGAAUAGAUGUUGUUGGUAGCAAUUUACUAGGUCAACUAACUUGGAUUUACUAGGUCAACUAACUUGGGUCUCUAGUAGAGCAGGUGUCUGUCUUUGUCUGUGUGUGGGGAAAGGAUGAGGAGAAUGUUAAUAGGAAAGUUUUGUAUAGAGGAUUCAGUAAAAGGAAUUUGGAUGGACAGUUUUGGCAUGAGAGGAAUACAAAGAAUGUUAAAGAGGUUACUAUUGAGAGAGCCAACGUGGAUUAGAGAUUUAGGGUAGUUUAAUCAGAUUGCACAUGAGAUCUCGAGAGGAGCAGACCUUUCAGAAUUUGGUCUGACUUUGGGGAGUGAAUGAGGGGUGUUGGCCACGAAGGUAAAAGUUACAGCCACAGGCUAUAAGCAUGCUGUUGCUGGCAUAGACUUUCCCUAUACUAUGGGACCAGGCAAGAACCAGGCAGCACAGGCCGACGUGGUAGAAGCCUCAUCAGCCCUCGCCUCAACUUGAAUCAUCAUUUGAACAUCUGAACUGGACAAGCUGGGCUCGUAGCCAUAACCCUAGGCACCAUCAGUGAAUGGACAUGUGUUCGUAGUCGACAAGCUCAGGCAACCUACUCGCGUCAAGUCGUUGAGUCAACGCCCAGUGCUGUCGUACACCGGUCAUGCUUAGCAGGUCAUGCAUCAUAUCGCACCGGGUUACUACAUACACCAGAGUAUUUCGUUCCGCCUAUUCAGAAACAGGAAGAGGUGGUAUAUUUACGAACUCUAAAUCGGGACUCUCUAACCCACAACAGUAUACUUUUUAUAUAAAGACCGGGCUAGAGUCGGUGGGAGAUUAACUGUAUUAUACCUCGAAGGAUGACCUGGUCAUCAGGUAAUCUUUUUUCCUUUGGAAAUAUGGAGAAUUAUAUUGUGAUAUAAUUGAGUAACGAUAAGUCGACAUAAACAGUGAUAGGAUAUACUCCUAUCUAAGUUCAUAGUGAUGCUGAAUCAUUUUAUUCUUGUCAAUUAUUUGCAUGUUUAAUUAUAUAGAGCCGAUGGCUCUUAAAUAAAUUGUUUGUACACUAUAUUUUACUCUUGAAAUUGCUUGAUUUUCUUGUGAUACAUACUCAUUUCAUCAGAACCUAAUUUAUCGUCAGACCAUAAUAAUUUACAGUAUUUAAAUCUGACAUAUUGGCGACCACGAAGGGACUAUUUUUUUGUCUAUUUGAUAGGUUAGGUUAUAAUGAUUAGAUUGUUAUCAUUGGUUAAUAUGUCUUGUGAUUGUUUUUGUGUAAUAAUGAAAACUUGAUCUUCUCUCCAGUUUACAGUGUUUGUAGGUUCAAGACUGUUCGGACGGUGGUGCAAGUGCAGGUCGGGGCAGGGAGGCUUCUCUACGUGCCUGUGCCAGAGCUGAGGGCGUGGUGACGUUUGCGCUGCAUAAAUUGUCUGCAUUUGGCAGGUUUGUAAAUUUACCUUGGUGUGGCCUGCAGUAUGGAGAGAGAUAAGUUUAUUACACAAGGGAAAGAGUUUAAUUUGGAGGGGAAGGAAUUGAGAACGUAUGUUGAUGAGUGUGUGCGUGAAGCUAGAGAUGAACGAGCGGCAGCAAGGAGUGCUGAGACUGAAAUAAUAGCUCAACAGAUUAGACUAGAGGAACUAAGGAAAACUAAUGGGACGGGACCUAGUUCACAGUCGGGGCACCCACGUAGUAGGCCCAGUAUUCCUCCUCUUCCAGUUUUCCAAGAAGGAAAGGAUGAUAUUGACAGUUAUUUGUCUAGGUUUGAGAGACAUGCCGUCAUUGUAGGGUGGGAUAAGUCGGAUUGGGCACUCGCAAUUUGUGCUUUGAUGUCGGGUAAGGCUUUGGAUAUUAUUUCAAGACUUACAGUUUCCCAGGUUAAGGAUUAUGACAUAGUUAAAUCCUCACUUCUAAAAGGAUAUGAUCUUACGGAAGAAGGGUAUAGGACUAAGUUUAGGUAUGCUAAACUCCAUCAGGGGGAAACCUACGUUCAAUAUGCCCAUAGAAUUGAGAAAUACUUAGAUCGAUGGAUUGAUCUUAGCUCUUAUGAUGACAAUGUUGAAGGUCUGAAGAGCCUGCUCAUCCAGGAACAGAUAUUUAAUACAAGCAGUAAGGAAUGCCUGAUGUUCGUUAAGGAACGUCAUCCUGGAAAGCUUACAGAAGUAUUAACUCUAGCUGAUCAAUAUCAUGAUGCUCAUACAGAUUUGAGGGUAAGAAGGGUGAAAGCCCAGCAGUCCAGUUCUAACAGUUCAAAUAAUACUAAGAGUCCAAACAGUUCUACUAGUUCAAGUAGUGAUAAAAGAUCAAGUAGGUCUGAGAAUCCAACCAACUCUAAUCUUUCGAACAAGAAAUGUUACACUUGUAAUAAGUUUGGACAUCUUUCUUUCAAUUGCCCAAGUGGAAAGAAAGGUCGACGUGAGAUGGGAUCAAGUCUCGUCAAAGGCAGGUCAGCAGAUGAUACAUCAGCCAGACAUGUUGCUGCAGCAGGACCUACUGACUCAAGAGAGACAGCUCAUCUGGAUGACUCGAAGGGUUUGAGUCUCAUCGUGAGAGAAAACCUCACCGAAGAUGGAACCGGAGUGAAGCUAGCAUCUGGCGACACCCUCCCGGUACUAUCAGCAGCAGCGAGUGGUUCACCAGUGGAGAUGCCAGUCAGCAAGGGAAUGGUGAACGGGAAGCUCGUGGAUGUUCUACGUGACAGCGGUUGUACGACUGUCAUUGUUCGGCAAGACUUGGUGUCGGAAGAGCAGUUCACUGGAGGACAACGGACUUGCUUGCUCAUUGAUCGGACGAUCAGAACCUUCCAAGUUGCAACGAUCGAGCUAGAUACUCCUUUCUUCACAGGUAAGGCAGAAGCUUUGUGUGUGCUAACACCCGUGUAUGAUAUUGUACUAGGGAACAUUUAUGGAGCCCGGCAACCAGCUGACCCAGACCAAGACUGGAAGCCAAAAGAUCAUCAGGCCAACGCAGUAGAGACAAGAGGACAGAAGCGGAAGGCAGGACGUACGAGGCCUCCCCUUCAAGUACCUGAUUCACUGAAUGACAUUGUGUCUGUGGAUGAUCUAAUCCAGGCCCAGAAGGAGGACAAUGCACUGGAUGCUUCCAGGAAACUCGCUGAAAGUGGAGAAAAGAAGAUAAGUAAGAGUGGAAAUUCGUCUUACUUUUUCGUUAAGAAGGAUGUACUCUAUAGAGAAUAUAUUGAUGCAACCCCAGGGUCAGAUGUACUCGGGCAAGUUGUGGUACCCACUAAAUUCAGGAAUCAAGUCUUGAAGCUUGCUCACGAAUCUAUUCUUGGUGGUCAUUUUGGAACUAAAAAGACCCGUGAUAAGAUUUUGACUCACUUUUUCUGGCCAGGUAUGCAUGCAGAUAUAGUGCGGUAUUGUCGGUCAUGUGGACCAUGUCAGCGUACUUCGCCUAAGGGGAAGGUUACGAAGGUGCCUCUGGGAUCAACCCCUCUCAUCGAUGAACCUUUUAGACGUGUGGCGAUGGACCUGGUUGGACCGAUAGAACCUGCUACUAGCAAAGGUAAUCGGUACAUUCUUACUGUUGUAGACUAUGCUACACGUUACCCAGAAGCUGUAGCACUUCGCAGGAUUGAUGCACAGACAGUUGCAGAGGCACUGAUGGACAUAUACUCCAGGGUGGGGAUACCACGAGAGGUGUUGACAGACCGGGGCAGCCAAUUCACAUCAGAGCUGAUGAAGGAAGUCAGUCGUCUAUUCUCCAUCCGUCAGAUGACGACUACACCCUAUCAUCCCGCUUGCAAUGGGUUGGUUGAACGUUUCAACGGUACCUUGAAGUCUAUGCUUCGCAAGAUGUGUGAAGAACGACCCAAGGACUGGGGUAGGUAUUUGAACCCCCUCUUGUUUGCUUACAGAGAGUCAGUGCAGGAGAGCACGGGAUUCUCACCCUUUGAACUCCUGUUUGGGAGAGCAGUUCGAGGCCCUCUUGCUAUCCUACGGGAGCUGUGGACUGGAGAGGUUGAUGAACCGGAUACCAAGACUACAUAUCAGUAUGUAUUGGAUCUGAAAGACAGGCUGCAAUUGACUUGUGAAGUUGCCCAACAGAAUCUCAGCAAAUCAGCAGAGAGGUACAGGAGACAGUACAAUAAGAAAGCAAAGGAGAGAAAGUUUGAAGUUGAUGAUGAAGUCCUUCUUCUACUUCCGAGUGACAACAACAAACUGUUGAUGCACUGGAAAGGACCCUUCAAGGUGGUAAAGAAGAUAGGACAAAUGGACUACAGAAUUGAUAAGGAUGGAAAGAUAAAAACCUUCCAUGCAAAUCUUCUGAAGAAGUACUACAGGAGAGAGGAGAGUGCAGGUGGGUUUGAUGUUGCUGGUGUUUCUGUUGUGGAUGAUGGCUUGUCUGAGGAAUGUAGCGAAGGAGAGAAUGAAGAUGUAAACCAUUCUUCGAGAAAGGAUAUUCUUCAUCUCCCCAAUCUUACCCCAACAGAAUCUCUCAAAGAUGUGCAGAUCAGUCCACAUCUAGAUGAUAAGCAGCGUGAGGAGGUCAACUCUCUUUUACGGGAGUAUGAAGAAGUUUUGACUGAUAUGCCGGGAUUGACAAACUUAGGUAAGCAUGACAUUAAACUUGUCCAUAAGGAACCCAUUAAGAGUAAACCGUACCCAUUACCACAUGCUUUGCGAGGUAAGGUGAAGGAGGAGGUUCAGAAGAUGAUAGAUGUUGGCAUAGUUGAAUCCUCGUCUUCUCCUUAUGCAUCCCCGGUAGUGAUGGUAAAGAAGAAAGAUGGGACGAUCAGGUUUUGUUGUGAUUAUCGUAAGUUAAAUCAAGUUACCGUAACUGAUGCAGAACCGAUACCUGAUCAGGAAGAAAUAUUUGCAAAACUUUCUAGGGCCAAGUAUUUCACAAAGAUUGAUCUAACCAAAGGGUAUUGGCAAGUACCCUUAACAGAGGAAGCCAAGGAACUGACAGCAUUUGUGACACCAGAUGGUUUGUAUCAAUUUCGAAGCAUGCCAUUUGGGCUAGUUAAUGCUCCGGCAAGCUUUAGUCGUAUCAUGAGGGCUUUGCUCCGUGGCUUGCAUGGUGUAGACAAUUUCAUUGAUGAUAUUUUGAUCCAUACAGUAAGUUUUGAGGAGCAUUUAGAUACCCUCCGUGAGGUGUUUGAGAGACUGAGGAGAGCAAACUUGACAGCGAGGCCUACCAAGUGCACUGUAGGAUGUGUAAGUAUCGAAUUUCUUGGUCAUCGAAUAGGUCAAGGAGAGCUUCGACCAGUGCAAGACAAAGUCGAUGCAGUUCAAGGAGCUGCGAGACCUAAGACCAAAAAGCAACUUCGAUCCUUUCUAGGUCUUGUGGGUUAUUACAGACGGUUUGUUCCCAACUUCGCAGCAUUAGCAGUACCACUGACUGACCGAACAAAGAAAGGAGAGCCACUUCUAGUGAAAUGGGGAGAUGCGGAAGAGGCAGCUUUCACUACCUUGAAAAAGAAACUUGCUAGUGAACCCAUCCUCCAUCUUCCGGACUUAGAUCUUCCUUUCAUCCUGAGGACUGAUGCCUCAGAUCAUGGUCUCGGUGCAAUUCUGCUACAAGAGACAGAAGGGAAGAAGUUCCCUAUCGCCUACGCUAGUAGGAAACUUCUCCCAAGAGAGCAGCGCUACUGUGUUAUGGAACGUGAAUGCUUAGCAGUAGUCUGGGGUGUUCAGAAGUUCGAACCAUACCUCUACGGCAAGCAUUUUGAACUAGAAACCGAUCACCAGCCACUGCAGUGUAUCGCGAAAUCAAAAGUCGCGAACUCAAGGAUUCUGAGAUGGGCUCUGGCGCUUCAACCGUACCAGUUUAGCAUCACAGCUAUCAAGGGCAGUGAAAACGUCGGUGCAGACUACUUAAGUAGGAUACCAGAUACCAGUAGUUGAUUUCAAGUAAAGCAGGAACAGAAGGUUUUUUUUUAAUAAUUAUUAUUGAUCUUUAUAUUUUCCUGUAAACAAAUUUUCCUCGUAUAGAAUGAGAAAACCACUCUGAAAUUUUCCUCGUAUAGAAUGAGAAAACCACUCUGAAAUUUUUUUCUGAAAUUAUAUAAAUUUCUUGAAGGAAGGGGAGAUAUGUCACAAUGUGACUGGGAUUUCUUUUUUAGACAGAGAAUGUAAUGGACAGGUGUUAGAUGAAUAGAUGUUGUUGGUAGCAAUUUACUAGGUCAACUAACUUGGAUUUACUAGGUCAACUAACUUGGGUCUCUAGUAGAGCAGGUGUCUGUCUUUGUCUGUGUGUGGGGAAAGGAUGAGGAGAAUGUUAAUAGGAAAGUUUUGUAUAGAGGAUUCAGUAAAAGGAAUUUGGAUGGACAGUUUUGGCAUGAGAGGAAUACAAAGAAUGUUAAAGAGGUUACUAUUGAGAGAGCCAACGUGGAUUAGAGAUUUAGGGUAGUUUAAUCAGAUUGCACAUGAGAUCUCGAGAGGAGCAGACCUUUCAGAAUUUGGUCUGACUUUGGGGAGUGAAUGAGGGGUGUUGGCCACGAAGGUAAAAGUUACAGCCACAGGCUAUAAGCAUGCUGUUGCUGGCAUAGACUUUCCCUAUACUAUGGGACCAGGCAAGAACCAGGCAGCACAGGCCGACGUGGUAGAAGCCUCAUCAGCCCUCGCCUCAACUUGAAUCAUCAUUUGAACAUCUGAACUGGACAAGCUGGGCUCGUAGCCAUAACCCUAGGCACCAUCAGUGAAUGGACAUGUGUUCGUAGUCGACAAGCUCAGGCAACCUACUCGCGUCAAGUCGUUGAGUCAACGCCCAGUGCUGUCGUACACCGGUCAUGCUUAGCAGGUCAUGCAUCAUAUCGCACCGGGUUACUACAUACACCAGAGUAUUUCGUUCCGCCUAUUCAGAAACAGGAAGAGGUGGUAUAUUUACGAACUCUAAAUCGGGACUCUCUAACCCACAACAGUAUACUUUUUAUAUAAAGACCGGGCUAGAGUCGGUGGGAGAUUAACUGUAUUAUACCUCGAAGGAUGACCUGGUCAUCAGGUAAUCUUUUUUCCUUUGGAAAUAUGGAGAAUUAUAUUGUGAUAUAAUUGAGUAACGAUAAGUCGACAUAAACAGUGAUAGGAUAUACUCCUAUCUAAGUUCAUAGUGAUGCUGAAUCAUUUUAUUCUUGUCAAUUAUUUGCAUGUUUAAUUAUAUAGAGCCGAUGGCUCUUAAAUAAAUUGUUUGUACACUAUA